AUGGUAAUCCUUAUACUCUUUCUACUAAUCACUUCUCUUGGUUCAGUAAUCAAUGCAUCUCCCUUAACUGCUUGUCCAUACUGUGGUGGCUUUGAAGUUCCAUAUCCACUCAGCACUAAUGAUAACUGUGGUGACAAAAGGUACAAAAUUUACUGCAAUAAUCACACCUUAAAAUUCUUGUCACCAACAGGAACAUUCUAUAAUAUCCUUAAAAUUGACCAAAAUGCUAACAAGCUUAUAAUCAAACCACCUACCAUACAUAAAAACACUUGUUAUUCUUCUGAUCUCUUUAAUGGAGGCUUAGUCCUUGAUGAAAACUUACCCUUCAAUAUUUCUACACUCAACACUGUCAUGCUCCUAAACUGCUCUAGUAAUAUCCUUCAAUCUCCUCUUAACUGUUCAUCAAACAGCAUCUGUAGACAGUUUGAGGAAAAAGUAGAAGAAGGAAAAGCGUGUAUGAACACCCUUUGUUGUCAUUACUUGAAAGAUUCAGCCAUGAAUUCUCAUAAGAUCAGGCUCAGAGUUGGAAGCUGUACUGCUUAUACUUGUUUGGUGAAUUUCAAACCUGGUGACCCUUUUGAAACAUGGAGUUAUGGGAUUGAGUUGCAAUGGGUGUCUCCUUAUUAACCAAGAUGCAUGCAUGUUAAUGGUUUCAAUGUUAGACUUUGAAACCAAACAACUAUGUUAUAUCAUCUUGUGUUAGUUCUAUGUUUUUUAGUUUGGUUAUUUGAAUAAAAUGUGUCAUACUUUUGCUAUGUAUAACAUGAAGUGAUGAUAUAUAAGAACAUGUUUCUUAUUAUUAUCCUUCAUAAAUCAUAAACUGCAGGUUCAAUAAAGAGAACAUUGAAUUUAACAACUUGAAAA